UAUGUAUUGCUUCAGCAAGGCUGCAUGAAUGACUUCUGCAACUGGGAUUUUACUGGGAGUAUAGGUGUGUUUGCAUUCCCUUCCCUUACUGCGUGCAAACCCUACGAAGAAACUUGCAUAGGGUAACUGGCAUAUGUAACCUACUUUCUCAUUCUCCCCGUCAUUUUUUCUCCAAAGCGCUUAUCCUAAGCUCAUUUGGUGCUUUCUCACUUCACAAUGCUCUGUAACGUGUCUACGUAAAUCGUGCAGCUUAAGUGUCAUUUUUCCGGGGUCUUCCGCCUGGGGGCGUCAAAUUUGCAUGGGGAUCAGGGCGGCAUACAGCUAAGGCAAUGCAUAGCUAAGGCCGGUUGGCAAAGUGCAGUUGACUACGGUCAGAAUUGAAGCUACUUAAGCACCCAGUUCUUUAUGGUAAAUGUGGUAUCAGUUAUAAGCCCACUGGCGCUAAGGUGCUUUGGAUAAAAUUCAUCUGAAAACAUCAAAAUUGUUUUAAUACUCGUAAUAAUUUGCAACUACAACUGCACUGCGUAUUUAGGUCCGUAAGUCGCAUUGCUUCAGAAAAAUCACGAUAAAUAGCAAACACCUGUGACAUUUUCCUUUUUACGCAAUGAUAGUUAUUCAGAGGCACUUAAUGGUUUAAACCCUUUCGUCGUGUGUUUCAUUUGUCUACACCCGAACUUUUGGCGCAAAUUAAAGCGGAACGUAAUACUUCAGUUUCAAUAUACUUUGUCAUACUCUGCAAUCAAAAUCCCCGGUAGAAAUAGGAAGUACUUCUAAGCGUCAGGAGCGGCGCACUGCGGUCUUACAGUGUCGGUCACCCGCCGGUAUGCCGAGUCUCCUGAGGCAGAUCCCGGACUCACGGAUCCACGCCUGCAGCAUGGCCCACCAAGCAGCACUGCUUGCCGUGAUGCUGAUUGUAGCUACUGAAGCCAGUGUGGGCCCCAAUAACUCAUCCAGCUUCUGCUCAGAAUCAAAGGAGUGUCUGCUGUUUGACCUGGUCUGCAUUACUGCUGACUAUGAGGUACGUCACUAUGACCCUGUUAAAUGGGUGUCCACAGAUGCGGAGGCCUACUUUAUGGGUGUUGGUGCUGCCAUGGCUUUCAGGAGACUCUUCAAAUAUAUCUCUGGAGCUAAUGAGGAUGGUGUGAAGAUGGACAUGACAGCUCCAGUCCUGGUGAAAAUUCCAGAGGACAGGAAGAUGUGGGAGCCUGCGAUUUAUACUCUGAGUUUCCUUUUACCAUCAGCAUAUCAGGAUAACCCACCAAAUCCCACAAAUGAGAAGCUGUACUUCAUGGAUAUGCCAGACAUGAACGUGUAUGUGCGGAGCUAUGGUGGCUGGAUGCUCUCCUUGACCUCCAAGCUGCACUCACACAUUCUGACCAGAGCGUUGGACCGUUUACACGCUCCAUACAAUACCUCCUUCCACUACAGCCUCAGCUAUGACAGGUACUGUGUGCAUAACACCCCCUUCCACUACAGCCUCGGCUAUGACAGGUACUGUGUGCAUAACACCCCCUUCCACUACAGCCUCGGCUAUGACAGGUACUGUGUGCAUAACACCCCCUUCCACUACAGCCUCGGCUAUGACAGGUACUUUGUACAUAACACCCCCUUCCACUGCAGCCUCGGCUAUGACAGGUACUUUGUACAUAACACCCCCUUCCACUGCAGCCUCGGCUAUGACAGGUACUUUGUACAUAACACCCCCUUCCACUGCAGCCUCGGCUAUGACAGGUACUUUGUACAUAACACCCCCUUCCACUGCAGCCUCGGCUAUGACAGGUACUUUGUACAUAACACCCCCUUCCACUACAGCCUCGGCUAUGACAGGUACUGUGUGCAUAACACCCCCUUCCACUACAACCUCGGCUAUGACAGGUACUGUGUGCAUAACACCUCCUUCCACUACAGCUUCGGCUAUGACAGGUACUGUGUGCAUAACACCCCCUUCCACUACAGCCUCGGCUAUGACAGGUACUGUGUGCAUAACACCUCCUUCCACUACAGCCUCAGCUAUGACAGGUACUGUGUACAUAACACCUCCUUCCACAACAGCCUCGGCUAUGACAGGUACUGUGUGCAUAACACCCCCUUCCACUACAGCCUCGGCUAUGACAGAUACUGUGUGCAUAACACCUUCCACAACAGCCUCGGCUAUGACAGGUACUUUGUACAUAACACCUCCUUCCACAACAGCCUCGGCUAUGACAGGUACUGUGUACAUAACACCUCCUUCCACUACAGCCUCGGCUAUGACAGGUACUGUGUACAUAAAACCCCCUUCCACUACAGCCUCGGCUAUGACAGGUACUGUGUGCAUAACACCUCCUUCCACAACAGCCUCGGCUAUGACAGGUACUUUGUACAUAACACCUCCUUCCACAACAGCCUCGGCUAUGACAGGUACUGUGUACAUAACACCUCCUUCCACUACAGCCUCGGCUAUGAUAGGUACUUUGUACAUAACACCUCCUUCCACUACAAAGUGCUGAUUGAUAAAGUAGAACUGUGUAUAGUCCAGGUAUAAAUGUGGAAGGUCCAGCUGAUGUCAGGCCAGACAGAUGAGGAAGCUGCUCCCUUUGGCAGGAUGGAGGGUGGUGUGGUCUAGCAGGAAGCAGGUGAGCACUGCAGAUGUGUAGUCAGGCUGGGUUGGCUGACAGGGAACUGCCCACUAUCAGGAGUUCCAUUACCGAGAAAUGAACAGUGCUUCAAUAAAACUGUGUCACAAAUAAAGGAAAUUAUAUGAUAUGUUUUGUAGUGCAGCAUGGAGAUAAAUAGAGUCUGGCAGGUCUAAUUAUGGCAGCUUAACUUGGCAGGAGAGGUGGGGUGGGGAACACAGGCAUGAGGAAUCCCUGAGCACCAACACUGCAAAAGCACACGGGGCACGUGAAGCCAGAAUGACAGCACAGGGAGAGGUGAGGUGUGGAACACAGGCAUGGGGAAUCCCUGAGCACCAGCACUGCAAAAGCACAUGGGGCACGUGGAGCCAGAGUGACAGCACAGGGAGAGGUGGGGUGGGGAACACAGGCAUGAGGAAUCCCUGAGCACCUGCACUGCAAAAGCACAUGGGGCAUGUGAAGCCAUAGUGACAGCACAGGGAGAGGUGGGGUAGGGAACACAGGCAUGAGGAAUCCCUGAGCACCAACACUGCAAAAGCACACGGGGCACGUGAAGCCAGGGACAGGUGGGGGGGGGGGACAGCCAUGAGGAAUCGGCACAUGCACUAUAAUCCUAGCUUGGCAUGGGAACUAGCUGUAAGCUUUGUCACUAUAUGCUAGACUAAACAAGUGAAAUUUCAGGCUUGAUUUAAAUAUCGGCAGUGAGUCUGAAUCUCAGACAUAUACUGCUAGACUAUUCCAUAAGUUUUCAACCCUGUAACAGAAUGUUCUGCAACCAAAUGAAGAUCGUUACACUCUAGGCACAGUUAGGUAGCCCGCCCCUUGAGAACAAAGUAGAUAAGGGGGUUAUAAGGACCCAACAAAGUUUUCACUAUUCCUCAUACGGAAUAUGGCUGUUUUAACCAUGUUAUUUAUGCGGAAACCUAGAGACAAGGCGGAGUCAGUAUUAACACCAAGGCUUUUGUCCACUUUUAACUGCUUACGUUGACUAAGCAGCCGCCUCCUACUACGGCUUCAGCUAAGACAGGUCCUGUAAGCAUAACACCUCCUACUACGGCUUCAGCUAAGACAGGUACUGUAAGCAUAACACCUCCUACUACGGCUUCAGCUAAGACAGGUACUGUAAGCAUAACACCUCCUUCUACUACGGCUUCAGCUAAGACAGGUACUGUAAGCAUAACACCUCCUUCUACUACGGCUUCAGCUAAGACAGGUACUGUAAGCAUAACACCUCCUUCUACUACGGCUUCAGCUAAGACAGGUCCUGUAAGCAUAACACCUCCUUCUACUACGGCUUCAGCUAAGACAGGUACUGUAAGCAUAACGCCUCCUUCCGGUAUUUCCUCGGCUGUGACAGGUACAGUAUAACAGCUUCUUAUGGUAUGGUCAAGGUUAUGAACAAAUUUAUUUCUUCAGAUAUGAAUAUUUAAGUGAUUAAAAGUAUGAAAAAGAUCAAGUGAAUAGUGCCAAUGAAGCGAAGAAGCGCACAGUAGCAGACGGGGAG